UGAAGCAAUUAAUCAGCACCGUCCUUCUUAGAUCAAACGGUGGGAGAAGGCCAAACUCUCGUACUUAUCACUGCCACCAUCUUCACACUCGCAGUCUCGCCACUGUUUCUGUUUCGUUUCUAACAUGGACCAACACAUCGUCGAUCUUCCGCGUUCGUUCUCUUCACUCUAAAGUCCGAUCUUCAUUCUGAUUCCCACAUAACAAAAUAAUCACAAAACUCACCAAUAAAGUUGAAGUUUUUUCUCUAUUCAACUCUCAUAACUCCUGUUACUGAAGCCUGUAACCCAAAAAUAAGAGAAAAAACAAACCUUGUAUUUUGGGUUUUUGGAUUUGCAACUGUUCAGACCAGAGCAGUUUCAAACCAGUUUUGAGUUUUUUGGUUGAGUUAUUAUAUGUGUUUGUUUGUUUUGUUAGUAAAACUUUGUUGUGCGGUGUAAUGGUGAGUGACAGUUACGGUAAGAUGAUGUCUGAUGUGGCAAUUCGAUCGAUGUUGAAGAACGGUGAAUACACAGGCGGCGAAGAUUUAGGGGUUCUGAGAGAGAGGGAACUCGCUCGGUUGCGAAGUGGGUCGGCCCCUCCGACUGUGGAGGGGUCCUUGACGGCGGUGGGAGGGUUGUUUGAGGGGUCUCCGGCUGCGCCAGGUUAUGGUGGCAGAAGGGGUUUUGGGAGCGAGGAAGAGCUUCGGGCUGAUCCCAAUUACGCCAAUUAUUAUUACUCUAAUGUGAAUCUGAACCCGCGCUUGCCGCCUCCGCUGGCCUCGAAGGAGGACUGGCGGUUCGUGCAGCGGUUGAGGGGUGGUUCUAAGGUGGGCGGUGUUGGGGAUAGGAGGAUGACCAGUGAUGAUGGUGGAAUUGAAGGAGGUGAUAACAACCCUUUGUUUUCUGUGCACCCUGGUGGGUUUGGUGUGAAGGAAGAGGGUGGUUUGAAGCACCGCAAAGGCGGCCCAGAAUGGAGUGGUGAUGAUGGGUUGAUCGGGUUGCCGGCAUUAGGUCUAGGGAGUAGGCAGAAGAGCAUCGCAGAACUGUUUCAGCAGGACGAAAUAAAUAAUGCAUCAUCUGGAUCCAAGCACCCUCAUAAUCUACCUAGCAGUAAUUUAUUUGAUGACAUUGCUGAAAAAUCUGAAACCCGUGUUGCUUAUGUGCAUCAAGAACUGAAUGCCCUGCGGUCUGGUGGAAAUAAGCUAGGCAUAUCUGCUGCCCAAAAUUUUGUUGGUUCGGGACCUCAAACGUAUGCUUCCGCCUUAGGUGCCUCCCUAUCAAGGAGUAGCACCCCUGACUCUCAGCUUCUACCAAGAGCUGCUAGUCCUUGUCUUCCACCCAUUGGUGAUGGCAGAUCCAGUUCAGCUGAUAAAAAAAGUUCUAACAGUCAAAAUUUACUCAAUGCUGUCUCAUCUAAUUUAAAUGAGUCUGCAGAUCUGGCGUCUGCUUUGGCUGGUAUGAAUUUAUCCACAAAAGAUAUAAUAGAUGAUGAAAAACAUUCCCAGUCAUCUAGGCACAAUGAAGAUUAUACUCAUAGUUUUAAACAGCAGCCUGAUUCCUUGGCUUUUCAACGUCAUUCUGCUACCCAAUCCCACUUAAAAGUGAAUAAAGUCAGCAGUUUUGGAUUGGAUCUGAAUAAAUCGUCAGGGUAUGCAGAUGAACAGCUAGAACCCCAUAAGGCUGGUGGAAUUUCUGUUAACACGCAUUUGAAAGGACAUUCUACACCAACUUAUACUAGCAGAGGUAGUUCACCUGCUCACUAUCAGAAUGUUGAAGAUAUCUCAUAUCCAAACUAUGGCAUGAAUGGAUAUAAUGUUAAUCCUCCAUCACCAUCCAUGAUGACAGGCCAGCUUGGGAGUGGGAAUUUGCCUCCUUUCUUCGAAAAUGCUGCUGUUGCUGCAUCUGCACUAGGAUUGAAUGCUAUGGACUCUAGAGCACUGGGAAGAGGUGCAACUUUAGGACCUUUAUUGGCUGCAACUGAAUUACAAAAUUCUAGCAGGCUUGGAAGUCAUGCUGCCAGUGGCACUCAACAGUUGCCUUUGAUGGACCCUUUGUAUCUUCAGUAUCUGAGAUCGGGGGAUGUUGCUUCUGCUGCACAGAUUGCUGCGCUUAAGGAAUCAGUGAUAAAUAGGGAAUGCACAGAUUUACUUGGCCUCCAAAAAGCUUAUGUUGAGUCUUUGAUUGCUCCCCAAAAUUCACAUUUCAAUGUUCCAUACCUUGGUAAAUCAGCUACCUUGAGCCCUAAUUCUUUUGGAAAUCCUUCGUAUGGUCUGGCCACAUCAUAUCCAGGGAGCCCACUGGCUGGUUCCCUUUUCCCUAACUCCCUCUAUGGACCGGGUAGUCCAAUGAACCAAAGUGAACGAAAUAUGCGUUUGUCUGGGAUGAGGAAUGUGGCGGGGGGGUUCAUGGGAGCUUGGCAUUCAGACACAGUUGGUAGCUUAGAAGAGAAUUUUGCAUCUUCCUUGCUUGAUGAAUUCAAAAGUAAUAAGACCAAAUGUUUUGAACUUUCAGAAAUUGCUGGGCAUGUUGUUGAAUUCAGUGCUGAUCAGUAUGGAAGCCGAUUUAUACAACAGAAACUUGAGACAGCCUCGAUGGAAGAGAAAAACAUGGUUUUCCAUGAAAUCAUGCCACAAGCACUUUCUCUAAUGACUGAUGUCUUCGGUAAUUAUGUGAUUCAGAAGUUUUUUGAACAUGGAACAGCAGCACAAAUAAGGGAACUGGCCGAUCAGCUUACGGGUCAUGUGCUGACCCUGAGUCUUCAAAUGUAUGGCUGUCGGGUUAUCCAGAAGGCUAUUGAAGUUGUUGAUAUGGAUCAGCAGACUAAAAUGGUUACAGAGUUGGAUGGUCAUAUCAUGCGUUGUGUACGUGAUCAAAAUGGAAAUCAUGUCAUCCAGAAAUGUAUUGAAUGUGUACCAGAGGAUGCAAUCCAUUUUAUUGUUUCAACGUUUUAUGAUCAGGUUGUGACAUUGUCAACUCAUCCUUAUGGUUGCCGCGUUAUACAGAGAGUCUUGGAGUACUGCCAUGAUACAAAAACACAACAGAUUAUGAUGGAUGAAAUUUUGCAAUCUGUGUGUAUGUUAGCUCAAGACCAAUAUGGAAAUUAUGUUGUGCAGCAUGUGCUGGAGCAUGGCAAACCUUAUGAACGUUCAGCUAUAAUCAAAGAAUUAACUGGGCAAAUAGUGCAGAUGAGCCAGCAGAAGUUUGCCUCUAAUGUUAUAGAAAAGUGCCUUACCUUUGGAACUCCUGCCGAGCGACAAGUCCUUGUGAAUGAGAUGCUUGGUUCCACUUAUGAAAACGAGCCCCUGCAGAUUAUGAUGAAGGAUCAGUUUGCAAACUACGUUGUACAGAAAGUGCUGGAAACCUGUGAUGACCAGCAGCUUGAGCUAAUCCUUAAUCGAAUAAAGGUUCACCUGAAUGCCUUGAAGAAAUAUACCUAUGGGAAGCACAUUGUUGCCCGUGUAGAGAAAUUGGUUGCUGCUGGGGAGAGGAGGAUUAGUAUUCUGACUCUAAAUCCUGCACAGAUGGUAUAGAGAAUGUACAGCUAACUGAGGAUAAUAGAAGCACCUGCUCUUUUUUCUUUUCAUGUGGUAUUGCUAAUGGCCCUGUCUGUAUUCAGGUAGUGAAUUAAUAAAUUAGUUCUACUUGAAAUUGUACAUUUGUUAGUGUGAGGAUAAUACAGCUAGAAUCAGGUUAUAGCCGAGGCUGAAGCUCAGGCUUGGUACUGUUAAUGGCCUUGCCCUGCCUGAUUCUCUCUCAUGCGGCAGGGAUAUAUAAUAUUAUUUAUGAGCUAGUUUUCAUGUUGUAAAGGGAGGUGAUGACUGUACAAAUUUUACUAGGUUAUCAGAGUCCUUGUAUUCGGGAUCACCAAAUGUUUUGACAUAUGAGGCUUUUCUUUUUGCCCUAUGUUAACCUUUUCUUCUAUCCCUCCA